GUAUUUCUACUGUUUGCUAUUCUGUUGAAGCAGUUUCAUUUAAAAGGCGUCCAAGGGAAAUAUGUACUAACAUAUUUCAUGUGUCUGAAUGAGACCAUUGAAGAUAAGCCCAAUUAAGUUAGCCCUUAAAUAUAUAAAUAAUUUUCAAGAACAUAAAGCAUUAAGUUUUGUUCAUCUUAAAAUCUAAUUUCAGAAAUUUUAUGGUAUAAUUUCUUUUUUAGUGAAAAUAUCUGGACAAGCCCCUCCCUGCCUUCUAAAAGGACAUUUGAGGUCGCAAAGCACGAUUCAGAGGCUUAGCAAAGACCACCUGGGACAUCUUUUAGACGCCCGCAAGAGACCAAUCCAGGAGACAAUUCAGCCCAAGAACACGGAUUUGUAUGGAAACUGCUUCCAAGUGAUAUCCUUAAAGCCCGCCACGAGCAAGGCAAUUUCCAGUUGGACCAAGAAAACAAGUACACCAAUGGAAGAUCUGCAUCACAACAUAAAAGGCAAAAUGAAAAAAUCUACAACUUUCCAAAGCAAGAAGACUAGCAUAAACUGGACAGAUGAUGAAAAAAGAAUAUACAGGAAUAAAAGACUGACUCAAACCGAAGAGAUACUGCAGUACUUGAUCCCUCUCGUAAAAAGCACUAAAAACGUGCAAACCACUCAGAUAAAACAGAUGCUCAGUCCAAGAACCUGCUUCCAAAACCAGCACCAAAACCCAGCUACUUGUGUGAACGAAAAGAGAUACAGCGCCACUUGGGUACCACCCAGACACUCCCCUUUUAUGAGCCAAAGGAACCUCAUGGUAAGCUCUUCAGAAUGGCUCCAGCCUGUGUCCCAGAGGUCAUUUUCAAGUCUGUCAACUUUCAAAGGGCAGGAGGAAACGUGUUCUCGCGUCAAGGCCAUAAGGACUAAAGGCAUGACACCCGUCCACAGCAAAUGGGAGCCCCCUUCCUCGAGUUUUGAAAAAGAUGCGACGAUUAUCAGAGGCAGGAGUCUUCAGGCUAAAGAACCCAACCAGCAAAGCCCUGUGUAGUCGCUCCCCCCUCCCACUGAGAACAAGGGUGAGCAGCCAGAUAAGAAUGAUGGACAGCCCACCUUCCAUCUGGAGUUCCAAAGGCAGAAAGAAUGUAGCUUCACGCUGCUCUGAACACUUCGCAUGAAAGGUCACUCGUGCUUGCCUAUUAAAAAGAAAAGAAAGAGAGAGAAAAGC